AUGGCAUACACGGUUGUUUUGCACAAAAACCCGGGCUAUCCGAAUUUCGGAAUAUAUAUCGGCGAUGAUGUACCUUAUGGUCUUUAUGUAGUUACGACUGAACCGAAUUCACCGGCAGCACAAGCAAAUAUUCGACCUGGUGACCGUGUAUUGGCCUUUAAUGGCCAACAGGUGUCGUCAUUGUCGAGAAAUGCCAGAGAUAUACUCGUGCAGACCGCUGCUACUGCUCAAACACUGACUCUUUCGAUGGAACCGUCGGAUUCUCUCGAUGGCAUCAACAUUAGACCGAAUUCGACUGUAGUAUACAGAGAAACCUAUCCUAAUUCCUCGCAAACAACCAACUUCAUAAACAACGAUUUGGAAAGUUAUAUCAAAACGUUAUUUUCUGAUCCAACCUUACAAAUUGUUUCCGUUCCAUCGAGUAAUCAAAAUGAAUACAUGCUAGUUUCGGAUAAAGACGCAUCGCAGCCUUAUUAUCCUAAUUUUAAUUUACGUCGACGAAAACACCGUCAAUCACGACGAGGACUUCUCGAUCUGGCGGAUGGCAAAGGGGGUCGGCAAUUUUUGUCAGCAACUCGUUCGGUGCCGAACAUGGGAACAUCUCACACUAUGUUACGACAUAAUAGAGAUCAUCCAAACUAUAAUCAACAAAACAACAAUCUCGUUAAUCCACCAGCAUAUACUGCAGCCAUGCAGUUAGCCAACAAUUCUGUGAAUCCUGGCAUAACUGAAAAUAAUGCGCCACCAACGGUUAAGGACCCGAGUUUACGUGAGGUGCAUAUGCAGCGUGUCCCAGAUUUUCAAGGAUUUGGCUUCCAUCUGCAGUAUAACAAAGUUUACUACAUCAUUCAACGAAUUGAAGAGAAUAGUCCAGCUGCAAAUAGUGGUCUACGCGAAAACGACGUUGUUCGGGAGGUAAAUCAUGAACCUACGGAUCAAAUGCCACACAAUCGGCUUAUUCAACUGAUUAAUACAAGUUCAAAAUUAACUUUUCUUGUUCAACCGUUCGACGAUUAUUUUCGUGCCAAUCCACACAUACCACCGAAAUCAGCCGAUCAACCAUCGCAAACUCCUGUAGCUGACAAGAUUGCGUCCGGAAAACGUUCGACUAUAUUCGGUAAAGCAUUAACUAAAUUAAAGAGUCGUUAG